AUGGAAAAUAGUAAGAUUCACUUUUCAUACCCAUUAGAUAAAUCGGAUUUUAAAUUAAUUGAGCCAUAUACAUAUAUUUGUGAAUCAUCAGGAAAGGGCUUUAGAAAUGCUUUAAUUAAAUCAUUUGAUUAUUGGUUAAAAGUUGGAGAUGAAAAAGUUCAAGACAUUUCAAAAGUUAUUCAAGGUUUACAUGGUGCAAGUUUAUUAAUUGAUGAUAUUGAAGAUAAUUCAAAAUUAAGAAGAGGUAAACCAGUUGCACAUUCAAUUUAUGGUAUACCACAAACUAUAAAUUCAGCCAAUUUUGUAUAUUUUUUAAUUAUGGACCAAUGUAAUAAAUUAGGUGAUCCAAAAGCAACAACUAUAUUUAUAGAGGAACUUAUUAGAUUACAUAGAGGUCAAGGUUAUGAUAUCUUUUGGAGAGAUACAAAUACUUCACCAUCAGAACAAGAAUAUAUGAAUAUGGUAAAUGAAAAAACUGGUGGUUUAUUUAGAUUAGGUUUAAGAUUAUUACAAGCUUUUAGUGAUAAUAAUACAAAUUAUAUUGAUUUAGUUGAAGAUUUAGGAAUGUAUUAUCAAAUUAGAGAUGAUUUAAUUAAUUUAGUUUCUGUAGAUUAUCAACAAAAUAAAAGUUUUUGUGAAGAUAUUUCAGAGGGUAAAUUUUCAUUCCCAAUAAUACAUGCAAUAAAUGCAGACUCAAAUGAUAAUAGAUUAUUAAGAAUUUUAAAACAAAAGACUGAAGAUCGUUCAGUUAAAGAACACGCAUUGGAAUAUAUAAAAUCUAAAGGUUCUUUGGAAUAUACAGAAAAAAAAUUAAAUGUAUUAAAAGAAAAAAUUAUAAAACAGAUUAAUGAUUUAGGUGGUAACCCAAUUUUAAUGAAAUUAAUGGAAAGCUUAGAAAAUUCUUCAAUAUAA